UUAUUUUUAGUGGUUGCGAAACUGUCAAAUCUACAGAGAUGAAUGAAUGAGUAGUCCUGCAUAGUAUAUUACUAUUUUCGUUUUUCCUGUUUUAUUUACAGUUUACUAUUUGUAUAACAUUUUUAAAUAUAAGUGAAAGAGUGCCUUAUUGAUAUAGUCUAUAUAAAUUUGUGCUGGAGUGAGAUAUAUUUGAGAAAUCAUGGAGGAUAUAUUUCAGUGGUGUCGCGAAGGAAAUGCCUUACAAGUGAGAGUUUGGCUGGAUGAUAUCGAGCAUGAUUUCAAUCAGGGUGAUGACCACGACUUCAGCCCGCUCCACUGGGCUUGCAAAGAGGGACACCAGAAGAUCGUAGAGAUGCUUAUCAAGCGGGGCGCCCGGAUCAAUGUCACUAACAUGGGUGAUGACACGCCAUUGCAUCUGGCUUCUGCCCAUGGGCACCGGGCUAUUGUGCAAUUGCUUCUGCAAAAUCGCGUGGACGUCAACUUCACUAACGCCCACGGCAACUCGCCGCUUCACUACGCUUGCUUCUGGGGCUACGGUCCUAUCGCCGAGGACCUGGUGAUGGCGGGGGCCUUGGUGUCUCUGGCUAAUAGGGAUGGAGAUACACCACUGGAUAAAACCAGAGGCCAACUGGUUCAAAGACUGCACGAGCUAGCUAUCCAACAAGGACAGGAGAUGAAGAAGAUCCAAUUCAAGGACCAAUCUUGGCUUGGAACCCGGACCAGGUCAAGAGAUGCAACUCUGUCGCGACACAAGGGCAUCAACAUAAGCGAACUGUCGCUUCACACUCGCAUGGCUGUCACACCCUCAGGUGAAACCUGGCGCGGACGCUGGCAGAAAAACGACAUCGUGGCAAAGAUAUUAGCAGUCCGCGAAUGUACGCCUCGCAUUCAGCGCGAUUUCAACGAGGAGUUCCCGAAACUCAGGAUAUUUUCGCACCCCAACAUACUGCCCGUGGUGGGAUGCUGCACGUCCCCCCCAUCUCUGGUGGUGAUCAGCCAGUACAUGUCUUGGGGCUCGCUGUACGCGCUGCUGCACGGCGCGGGGGGGGGCCGGGUGGUGGUGGACGCGGGCGCCGCGCUCCGGCUUGCCCACGACGUGGCGCGGGGCAUGGCGUACCUGCACUCGCUGCAGAAGGACAAGGAUCAUCAGCUACCCUUGUACCAGCUCAACAGUCGGCAUGUUAUGAUCGACGAGGAUAUGACAGCGCGCAUCAACAUGGCGGACUCCAAGUUCUCGUUCCAAGAGCGUGGGCGCUGCUACCAGCCCGCGUGGCAGGCACCCGAGGCGCUGCAGCGCCCGCGCGCGCGCCGAAACGUCGAGGCCUGCGACAUGUGGAGCUUCGCUGUGCUGCUCUGGGAGCUGGCCACCAGAGAGGUUCCCUUCGCGGACUUAUCGCCGAUGGAGUGCGGCAUGAAGAUCGCCCUCGAGGGGCUCCGCGUCGCCAUCCCCCCCGGCGUGUCCCCCCACAUCGCCAAACUCAUACGCAUCUGCAUGAACGAGGAUAUCGGCAAGCGGCCCUCCUUCAACAUGAUUUUGCCUAUUCUCGAGAAAAUGAACAAGUAAAAAUAACCCAAACCACAAAAUUUUAUAACCCAGAUUCAACUGUCCCCUUCCCCAAAACACAAUCCCCUACACUACUUUUUAACUGUCCAUAAGCAUGGUAAUACUACUGAGUACUAGUAUGCCUAAUUUAGGUUAUUUGGGGAAGUGCGACUGUUAUUUUUCUGUUUUAUCCAUACACAGAGUAUACACGCAAGUAACAAGUAGUUAAGACGCGCCACCGAGCGACCGGGGGUAAUAAGGGAAAGAAUAUUCAUAUAAAAUGUACACUACGCAAUGGUACGGUUUGCAUGUCAAAUUUCGGUAUUUCGUCAUAGCCUCCUUGCUGUGAUGCCAUAACCCGACCAUGAAAAAAAUGCCCGGUCGGUGAUAAAGACAAAGCAUGGCACUAUUUUGUCUUUCCUCUUAUAGGAAUCGCAAUAAGACUAUCUUUCUCUAUCAAAGAGUGUCAAGGUGUUUGGUUUUAUCCAACAGAUUUUUUUGAGAUGCGGAAACCCUAUUUCUAUGCAUUCUGCAUGAGCAAAGACAUCGGCAAGCGGCCCUGUUUUUACAUGAUACUGCCUGUUCUUGAGAAAAUGUAUAAGUAAACUAUUUUAUAAACCAGAUUCGAGUCCAAUCUUCCCCAGACCACAAUCCCGUAUCCCCAUUUUUAAUGUUCAUAAGCAUGAUACUACUUCUAAAUUUUCUUGAGUAUGCCCAAUGGGAUUGGCAACUGUCAAAGGUUUUUAUAGAUAGCGCCAGCAUAGGUUUCAGCUGUCUUAAAGCUAGCCCUUUGAGACAGCUACUAUGUGUGUAUUACUGGGUACUAAUAUGCCUAAUUUAGGUUAUUUGGGGAAGUGUGACUGUCAUUUGUCUGUUGCAUCCAAGACUUAUAAGAUGCAGAAACAUAUACUAUAUUGAUAGCAAAUAUAGCAAUGCACUUUUUGUGGCAUAGCAUAAUGUUUUCUUGUUUGUAUUUGCCGAAAUUCUUGUUUCCCUUUUCUUAUACAAGCAAUUUAGUUCUUUGCACUUUUUUGGUGAUUUAGGGACUCUCAAUAACAAACUACAAAGUGAAUUCCUUUGAAUUCCGCGAAAUGUGUGCGUAAGAAAUUACGAAAAGUGUUCUGUACUAGGUACAUUUACCUAAGUAAUAAAGUAGUUGUGGUUUUUUUAUACACACACAAAAAUGGGUAUUUUUUCCAAGUGCCAUCUUAUAUAAUUUAUACAGAUAAUAUACAGUUUUAUAUAUGACGUAAGAUACAAUAUAACUACGAAAAUUUAUUUUAAAUAUGAUUUAUAUAUUUAAAAUAAAUUUAAAAUUGAUUUCUAAUUUUAUUUUUUUGACACAUCACUUGAUUUGUAACUGCCAGUAUUGUAAUUGUUGUUUUUGUAUUAAGGUUGUAUUUUUGUAUUCUUUUUUCAAGUUUUUUCUUAAUUUGUAUUUAGUUUUUAGUUAAAUACUAGGCGUAAAUGCCGUAAGUUUAUACAAAAAUAAAAAAACCUAAUUUUAACAUAUGAAGGUAAAGAUUUAUUUUGAAAGUUAGGACACCAUUUUCUGUAUUCAAUGCUAAGAGGUGUUUCUAAAAUUUUGUAAAACAUUUAACUAGGUGCUAUUAUAACAAAUGCCUGUACUUAAAAGUUCAGAAUACUUUUAAAAUUGCUAUGAGACUCAUCAUACAAAUUUUAUUAAUUUUGAAGGAUUCCACCAACUGCAAUUUAUACCUAGAUUGAAAUUGAAAUAACUGUAAGUUUAACACGAAUCUCUUAAAAACAAAAUAUAAAUUUAAAUUAAUGUAUCAAAAUUAUUUGCCAAUUGCUGUUAGUAGUAGUUAUUGUAGGUGUAGGUAACUUACUCAUGUGCCGUUGGAAAGUUUCCAAAAUUGCGAAAUUUUCGCUAAGAAAAUUUCGGAAACCUCCCAUAUUUUUGUAUAGGAACUAAUUCCUUAGUAAUCGAAAUUUCCAUUUCCUAAAAAGUUUUCUUUGUUUCUUGUGAAAUUUAAAAUUUGCGAGAACUUUCGAACUUUUUGGAAACUUUCUGCAAUUUGCACAUCUGUAUGUAAACUGUUGUGCUUGUACAAUUGUGCCUUACAAUGACUAAAAUGUAAUUAUAAUUAUGAAUUGUAAAUCUAGUUAAAUGGUAUUAGUGUUUUCACAUUGUCUGAUCCAUUAUCGUAUGUUGGAUGACCCUUGGAGAAAAAUGUGACACAUUCAACCAAAAGGUACCACAUUGUCGCUUGUCAAUAAGGUUGAUUUCAAACUGAAGCUGUAUGGAAAUAGCGCCUUAUUGACAACCGACAAUAAGUACCCUUUUGAUUGAAAAUGGCACAAAUAGCUAGAAAAUACUGUACUGUAAAAAAAAAUAAUGUAUAAUUUUUUUAUAUAAAAAGCACUUUUUCGGGUUCCGUACCCAAGGGGUAAAAACGGGACGCUAUUACUAAGACCGCUGUCUCUUUGUCACCAGGCUGUAUCUCAUGAACCGUGAUAGCUAGACAGUUGAAAUUUUCACAGAUGUAUUUCUGUUGCCGCUAUAACAACAAAUACUAAAACCAGAAUAAUAUAAAUAUUUAAGUGGGGCUCCCAUACAACUAACGUGAUUUUUUUGCGUAAUGGUAUGGAACCCUUCACGUGCGAGUCCGACUCGCACUAGGCCGUUUUUUUUAGUUUUUACUGCUGUCUAGCUCUAUCCGACAUUCAAUAUCGAAUUGGACAAUGUGAAAAUGCUCCUAUUGUUUUCUAACAGUGAUGGAUGUGGUACUAAAUCAUAAUAAAAUAAGUGCUAUUUUGAUGUGAAAUGAAAUUAAUAUUAAUUUAUGUUACAAAUAUAUUAUAUGAAUAACUUAUGAAAAUUUUACA